GACUGAAGAAAAAAGUCGAAUUCCGAAGGAGCGGAGGUACGAGAUUGUGCUGUAUACCUACCCGAAUUUUAUUGAUAAAGAAGCUUCAGUCAAAGGGUUCUCGACGACACAUUACACAUAGUGUGUGUUUAGAAUGGAUGGGGGACUAGGCCAGGGGAGUGAUGCUUCAAAGCAAGCCUCUCAUGUGUGGGCUAUGCUGGACGAAAUGGCUAGUUCAGAUCCAGCAGCAUAUCAGAGAUUCAUCAAGAAAACGAUGGAGGAAGGCAAACAAAACAUGGAGCUACCCAAGCCCUUCGCCUGCAUCAAGACAUCAAUAAUUAAACCAACAAAGUCUGUGUUGUACAUCAACAUGUGUAGCUGGAAGAAAAUCCCCAAGCCUGCUACUGACUCUGACCCUAUAGCAGUAGCUACUGGUCCUCUUGAACAAGACAAAGAUGCUUCAGGUGAAUACAGUGUUGCCCGUCUAGCCUUCAAUCCCUAUGUUUUAGAGGAGAGUUUUAAAAGUGGUGUAGAUGAAGAUCUACUGAUCCAGCUUGGCAUGGACUAUGUAGAGAAUCAACACAAAGUGAAACUCUCCAGGACGUACAAAGAGUGCCAGGGUCUCAAGUUCAAGGGAGACGUUGCAUCUCUAGCAUCGGCAAAGCGGUUCUUUGGGAAGCGGGAAAAGACAGAGGCAGAAAUCCUUGAAGAGAACCUUGCAGGGCUUAGCCCAGACUCUCUCCUGGGUAAGAUCCAGGAACUGUCUAACCAGGACCUGGACCAGUCUGAGCUGGAGGACAGACUUCAAGAUCUUGGUGUGGGAUCCAGCAAGGAUCCUGGAGGAGGCAGGAGCCAGGGUAAGAGUGGACUCAUUGAGGAGAUCUCCAGCACCAAGGUGGAGUUACCAGUGCCACAGUACAGUCUCGAUUUACAGGAUGGUGAUGAGAAAGGCCCAAGGAGAUUAGAACUGAGAUUAGAGCUGCAUGGUGUGCAAUCGGUAUCAGAGUGUGAGCUAGACAUCUCAGAGGAUGAAGUCAACCUGUUUGUUGAGGACAGGUAUGAUUUCUACCUCCCCUUUCCAGAAUUGAUCUCAGAGUCUGAAGCCAAGGCCAAGUUUUACAAGAAAACAUCAAUCCUAUUUGUUUCAUUACCUACACAAAGCCAGACAUGACACUGUGCUUAGGCUUGAUGGUGGGACUGUCCUCUUUUGUUGGAGAUGAAGUGGGUAUGUGACUGGCAUGUCUUUGACCACAUUGGCACCAUCUGUCAAGGCAGUAGUAUUGAUAUGGGAAAGCGCAGGCCUAGCUCGAGAGGCUGGUACAGCUGUAGCCAUAUCAUCAGCACAAUGUCC